AUGUCCCUCCAGGAGGCUGAGCGGCCGGUCCAGCCUCACCGUACCGUCCUUGUCUUUUCAGGUGGAUGCCGAGUUACCCACACAGCCCAAGGUGGCCCCGCUGACCAGGACGGAGAAGGUGCAGGAAGAGCGAAAACCGAAUCGUCUGAGCACCGAGGAGCUGAGCAAAAUUGAAGAAGAAGACGUCUUGGAUAAGAUGCUGGACCAGACCAGAGACUUUGAGGAGCGACGGCUGAUCCGGGCAGCCAUGCGGGAUCUGCGCCAGCGGAAGCGAGACCAGCGAGAGAAGGAGCGGAACGAGCGGCUGCAAGAGGCCAAAGCGAAGGGGGGCUCCCACACCACCGAGACCACCUCCCAGCAUAGCCGAACCUCAGCAGAUGGAUCCGCCGUCAGCACGGUCACCAAAACCCAGCGCCUCGUGCAGUCCA